CGUAUAAAUUCCGUCAAAACAAUAUAUAUAGCAUAUAUUUACCUUUUAAAUUAUAAACCCGUACUGUAUACUUCCUUCCUCGCUAAGUCCGCAGCACUAGUUUGUUUGUUUGAUUUCCUCGCCGUCAUGGUAGCUAAACCCCUUACCACCGAACUCGUUGCUCUUACAGAGAAGAAGAUGGACAUGACAUUAGAUGAUAUAAUCAAAAUGUCUAAAAACCCUAAAGUUACAAAGCAAACUAGGGUUUCGAACAAGAGCAAAAAAUUUACAAACACUUUUGCACAAGAUAAAUCUUUGAAGGCGCGGCGAUAUAUGGAGUCGAGAUCUUCUCUUAGACAAGGAGUUCUUGCAAAAAGAAGGUCAAGUUUUCAAGGAAAUCAAUUUCCCCUUGCAACUGAGGUUGCGCGUAAAGUUGUUGCUGCUCCUCUGCAUUAUGGAGUUGCUAAUCGAAAUAACAUGGCUAACUGGAAUAAAACAAGGUUCCAGGUUCCUGUGAAUCAGAGAAGAGCUGCUAGUGGAAAUUUUGCUGCUAAGGUGAGGCAAUUUUCUUUUCAGCCACUACCUCCCUUUCAGCAUCAGCAGCAACAACAUCAGCACCAUUAUCAGCAGCAAGAUGUCAAUAUCAAGCCUAAUAAUCAAAGGCCUCAUACACUGGAUUCAUUGUUUGCAAAUAUGAAGGAGCAAAGAAUGAAAGUUUUCUCAAGGCAGAACAAUGCUGUGCAGCACAAUGGAGCCGGUAACGGGAGGUCUCCAUGGGGAAGAGGCCGAUAUGGCAACUGACAAGAUGGUCUGACUGAUAAUUUCAUGGUGUCAGUCACUUUCAGUACAGUAGUAUGCUUUGCCUGCUAGAUUUCCAUUCCUAGCAGGACUAGAUGUAUCAUUCGAACUCAGUAUACUUUUAUUCAUUUGGCUUUCAUUGUAUAGUUCACUUUUUCUUGUGUGGCAUUUGCUUUGACUCUAAUUCAUGUUUGUGGUCUAGCUUAUAUGCUGCAAUAUGGAAUUCCAACAGUUAGCAGUAUUGAAUUUGAAGAUUUUUUUACAAAUA